ACACAAACUUGAGUUCCGCAUCUUUAGUUCCUCCUAACAUGGUUUUCCAGUCGGUGUGUUUUUGAAGACGCACUAGGCUCGUUCGAGCAAACAAACAAAACCGGCCAGGUGUCAUUAUGGAGUUUGCAGAGCUGAUCAAGACGCCCAGAGUGGAUGGCGUGGUCCUUCAUAGGCCUUUUAUGCCCACCGUGGAGGGCACUUUAUGCCUGACGGGACAUCACCUCAUUCUGUCCUCCAGGCAGGACAAUACAGAAGAGCUGUGGUUACUUCAUGCCAAUAUUGACUCCAUAGAGAAAAGGUUUAUUGGCUCCCUGGGCAGGAUCAUUGUAAAGUGUAAAGACCUGAGAGUGAUCCAGCUGGACAUUCCUGGUUUGGAGGAGUGCCUCAACAUCGUCAGUUCCACUGAGGCUCUGUCCACGCUGGAUUCUGUGUCCCUGAUGUACCCUUUCUUCUACCGGCCCAUGUUUGAGGUCAUAGACGAUGGAUGGUAUUGUUUUAGACCUCAAGAUGCCUUUAAAGACCUUGAGUCUAUGACGGAUGAAUGGAGGCUGAGUGAAGUCAACAAGGACUUUAGUGUGUGCCCCUCCUACCCUCCCCUUGUUGCCGUGCCCAAGGGUAUCGAUGAUGACGCCCUGAGGAAAAUAGCAACGUUUCGUUACACCGGCCGCUUCCCCGUGCUCAGCUAUUACCACAAGAAGAAUGGCAUGGUGAUGAUGCGAGCAUCUCAGCCUCUAACGGGCACUAACGGGCGGCGGUGCAAGGAAGAUGAGAAGCUUAUCAACGCCACCCUGAGACCUGGGAAACGUGGCUACGUUAUAGACACCCGUGCCAUCAACUUGGCCCAGCAGGCCAAAGCUAAAGGUGGAGGCUUUGAGUCUGAGGCAAAUUACCCCCAGUGGAGGAGGAUCCAUAAGGCCAUUGAGAGAUCCAACGUGCUGCAGGAGAGCCUCAUCAAGCUAGUGGAGGCGUGCAACGACCAGUCCCACAACAUGGACCGCUGGCUCAGUAAGCUGGAGGCGUCCAGCUGGUUGGCCCACAUCAAGGAGAUCCUGACCACGGCCUGCUUGGCGGCCCAGUGCAUCGAUAGGGAGGGAGCGUCUGUACUUGUCCACGGAACAGAAGGCACAGACUCUACACUGCAGGUCACCUCCUUGGCUCAGAUCAUUCUGGAUCCAGCCUGCAGGACGAUCAGAGGCUUCCAAGGCCUGGUGGAGCGUGAGUGGCUCCAGGCGGGUCACCCGUUCCAGCAACGUUGUGCCCAGUCGGCCUAUUCGAGUGGCAAACUUCGCCAGGAGGCUCCCGUCUUCCUCCUCUUCUUGGACUGCGUGUGGCAGAUCCUCCGGCAGUUUCCGUGCUCCUUUGAGUUCGGCGAGAGCUUCCUGGUGUUGCUUUUUGAGCACGCCUACGCUUCGCAGUUUGGUACUUUUCUGGGCAACAGUGCUGCGGAGAGGUCGAAACUGUCGGUGCCUGAGAAGACGGUUUCCCUGUGGUCAUGGGUGAACCGGCCCCAGGAGCUUGAGCGCCUUACCAACCCGCUCUAUGAGGCCAACAGCCUUGUCAUCUGGCCCUCAGUGGCCCCUCAGAGUCUGCUGCUGUGGGAGGGAGUCUUUCUCCGCUGGAACCGCUCGUCUAAGUGUUUGGACGAGGCCUACGAGGAAAUGGUGCACAUCAUCGAGUACAACAAGGAGCUGCAGAACCGAGUCAACCUCCUACGCAGGCAGCUGGCCCAGCUGGAAACUGAAGAUCCUCUGCUGCAAACACCCUAGAACCAGUACAAAGGAGGCGAAAAAGGUAGAAAACAGAUCUGCAGACUCGUUUGAUUGAUUUCAAAUACGUGGGAUUGAAUUGUUUUAUGUUUACAUCACAUAGUUGCACAUGCCUGAAGCUUUUGUUCUCUAAAUACACUGUGGACACACAUAUUAUUAGACACUUCUUAAUCAACUUUUCUCCACUAUAGGUAGGUGUACAAAUACUCUUGCCCAUAUGACAUACACAUCUUUUGUCUUGUAUCCCACCGAAUGUAUACGCAGCUAAAGCGCCGCACAGGUAACUAUGGCAACAAAUAAGAAGAGCGCCGUAAGGCAGCACGUGGCUUCCCUGCACGUUGCUGUGGCACCAUGAGCGUAGGCGGAACUGACCAGUUGUACUGGUUAUUAGAAUAUUUAUCACAAGCACUACUUCGCUUUGCAGUAAGUUGAAACCGGGCAGCGUUAUGCGCCUUGCAAGUAAUAUCCAAUACAUGAGCUGUCAUCCUCUGCUCAGUUUUUGUAUUACUUUUGACAAGGUGUUUAUUAUUAGAGAUACAAGAUACAUAGCUUUUGUAUUGGAUCACAUUGUUUACUUUAAAGUGUAUGGUGAGCGUACAAUACUAAUGCAUUAGUGCAUUAUUUAAUUAAUUUGUGCAUUAGUGCAUACAUUUUCAGAAAACACAAAAAACUUCACCAAAAGUGUAACAUAUGACAUUCAUUGAUCAUUUCACUCAAAAAGGAUGUAACAAAGUAUGGCUUUUGGCAUAGUAUUAACACUGUGUGUAAAUUAUGUAACUUAAGAGAAAUAAAUGAUUUCGGCAAUUUUUUUAAAUGCCUUUGUGACUUAAAGGGGAGCUGUGUUUUUUUUUUUUUUUUUUGUGUAACAUUAACAAUCAUUACGAAAGACAUGAAGACGCAUGUAUUUUUUUUUUUAUGCACUCAAAAUAGUAAAUAAAAGUCUGCUUUCAUUUACUCCAUUUACAUUUCGUAACUUGAAUAUUUACCAAGUAUUAGUGAUAUUGUUAUUAUAAGCCCGAACGCAGACAAACUAUAGCGGCGCCGUAAUCACAAGCUUGUGUGCCAAUGUUGAUCGACUGAUGAGCUGCUUCCUCGUUUCCCUGCUCGUCAAACUUUAUUUUAGAUCAUUAAUACCUUGAUAGUAGUAGGACGAGGACGUAUUCCGACAAGUUGGUACACUUUGACAGCCAAUUUAAACCUGGUAAAAGACGCUUGGUUCCACCCCCCUUUUCUCACUAGGUUUAUGAGUCAUUAUUUUAUAUCUAAAUGGGAAUAUAUGAACAUCCUAAUGACAGCAGACCUUUUACAGUAAGUGAUGAUUUAAUAUGUUUGUUCACUCCCAUACAGUCUGGAGUGAGCAGUAUUCAGGGAUGUAGUUAAAAAAAAAAGCGAACAUCGUGAUGGGUUUGUUAAAUUAAUGUGCCGCGUAUGCUAAAAAUAAGAAAAAUACGUAAAUAUUACAGUACUUUACAUAUGUACUUACAGCAUGUACUGUAUAUAAAGCCUCAAUGGAGGUGCUUGGAUGUUUUUAAAGGCUUUAUAGACAGAAUAGCGCGGCGCCCAUAGACUCCAUUGUAAGCGGACUUUUGAUUGCAUUUAUUUGCUAUUUUGAAUGCAUUAAAAAAAAACAUCCGUCGUCAUGUCUUUCAUAAUGACUGUGAACGAUAGACAAAAUUCCCCCAAAAAGUGCAGUUCCCCUUUAAGCAAGAUAUGGCAACACUUUAUUUUGAAGGUGUCUACAUAAGUCACAAAAGCCUUUCAUACACCAUAAUCAUGAGCAAUAAUGUUGCUUCAAAGUGGCAUUAAUGUUAAUGACACAUCCCAUGUCAUGGCUAUGACAAGCUUGUGUGACUCUUAUGUAGACACCUUCAAAAUAAAGGGUUACCUUGCUAAGUCACAUGCAGUGUCAUUGAUGUUCAGAACUCAUCCCAUGUCAUGGCUAUGACAGGCUUGUGUGACUCUUAUGUAGACACCUUUAAAAAUAAAGUGUUACCUUGCUUAUUAAAGGUAUGUUAAAAAAUUGCCAAAGUCUUUCUUUAUUUCAUAGGCCAUAAUGUUAAAGGGGUCAAAUCAUGAGCAUGUAGGCGAUUUCACCAUAGGUGGCCAGCGUAAUGAGGAGAUGAUUUAGGCCAAAAAACCCAAACAAUUGCCAUGGGUACAAAGCCCACCAAAAAGUCUUAAUAGCAUUUUAUUAUCAUAUUAAAACAAUGAGUGAAUGUGAGUGUGAAUGUUGUCUGUCUAUCUGUGUUGGCCCUGCGAUGAGGUGGUGACUUGUCCAGGGUGUACCCGAAUGCAGCUGGGAUAGACUCCAGCACCCCCGCAACCCCCUAACGGGACAAGCGGUAGAAAAUGGGAUGGGAUUAAAACAAUACACUUUGUUUUUGUUGCAACAUACUAUACUGUUUCUCAAUCAAAAGUAAUCUGUGUGUUAAGAAACUGAAGUUAUUUCAUGUUAGCAUGAAUACAGUGCAGCUCAUCUCUCGUUUUUUUGCAGAAUGCGUACAGUAACUGAUCAUUUCAUUUAGCCUUAAAUAGAUUUAUGUUGCUUAUGGCUGUCUGUAGCUAUGCCAACAACAACAAACACUUAAAUAUUGUUGUCUCACUUAUUCCAACCACUACUUUAAACUGCUUUAUAUUGUACAUUUGAAGAGUUCCUGCAUGCACAAAAUGUUUACAUUAUGCCAAAUUUCUAGUUGAAUUAUAUUAUUAUACAGUGUAAUUAUGCAUCAUGUCCUCUAAUAAAACUCUGUGAUGUGAUCGCAACAGUGGAGAAAUAUUAUUGUACUUUAGUGUCGAAAUAUCUUUCCACAUGACAGUAGCGGGGGUCACAAUUCACCAAGGACCACUGCCCGAAAUAUUGUGCUAUGUGUGUUGAUGAUGUGUCAGUGGAAUAAAUAGGCGAGCAUCAGCUGCCUCCAAGCA